AUGACUCGCUCGUUUCUCUUACAGCGCCUACAGACGCUCACCAAUCAGCAAACUUCCAGCCAGCCGCCAAGCAGACCGCCUGACCUGCCGGCGGAAGCCGCGCAGAGGGCGGAGGCUGCACGCGCAGGCGGCGACUCGACAGCAGCGCAACGAAAGGGAGCAGCCGCAGCAGGGAGGGUUUCUGGGGAAGCGGAGGAGCAGCGCGGUGGCGUGCGGUUGGAGUCGGUUCUGGCCGCCAAUUCCCUUGUCGCCCUGCCUGGUCGCCCCGCCGUCCCCCCUUACGCCUUCCCCUCGCCCUCCCUCCACUCUUCGCUCCUUGGCCUCCCCGCUCCCCCCCUGCCCACAAGCACUUUCGAGCCUGCUGUGCCGGGCACUGGGUCCACAGGCAGAGGCAGUGCCAUGCUCGCAGACACAGGCACGGGCACGGCCACAGGCACGGGAACAGGCAUGAGUACAGGCACGGGCACAGGUACGGGCAGGGGCACGGGCACAGGCACAGGCCCGGCCACGGGCACAGGCACAGGCACGGGCAUAGGCACGGGCACAGGCACGGGCACAGGCACGGGCACAGGCACGGGCACAGGCACGGGCACGGGAGCAGGCACUGGCACAGGCAGGGAUUUGCGUGAGCGGUGGGAGCAGGCAUUGCAGAUGGGCAAGGGGCGGGCGAUUUGGGACGACGAGCAGACGACAGCCCUGCUGGGGAUCUUGCGGGAUGUGCUGCGCGCUGAGGGCUCCGCCCUCCCCGGCAGGAUCGACUGGGGGGCGGUGCACCGCGAGUGGUUGCGGCGAGGGUUCCCGCGGUAUUCGGGGGAGCAGCUGCGAAUGCGGUGCAAAGUUGUGCGCGGGUGGGUGAAGGACAUUCAGGUGCUUCAGGAGCUGCUGCCGCCUGAAGUCGCCUGGGACCCCACCACUCAGUGCUUCAACCCCGACCCCGAGCUGGGCAUCAUCCCGCGGCUGAAGCAGCAUGGGCAGUGGAAGCACUACAGGCGGUGGCGCAAGCACACGGCGCCCUGGCUGCCCCUCGCUCUGCUCACCGCCCACACUUGCCCUGCUGAGGCACCACUGUGGGACGAGGAGGAGUGGGAGGAGGAGGACGAGAAGGAGGAGGAGGAUUGGGAAGAGGGUGAGGGAGGGGAGGAGGAUGGGGAAGAGGAGGAUGAAGUGGUGGAGGUGGAGGAUGGGGGGGAGGGGAAUGGGGAGGCGGAGGAGGAGGAGGAAGUUGAGGAGGUGGGGGGGGGAGAGGAGGAGGGAUGGGGUGAUGGAGGGCGACUGCGGCGUGUGGCAGGGAGGUAUAGGCAUGGAUCGGGAAGGAAUGUACGGAGGAGGACAGACAGAGGGGCAGUGGAGGGAGAGCGGUGGAGUGGUGGAGAGUGGGAUGGUGAUGAGUGGUGGGGGGCGAGCAGGGGGGGUGCGGGGCAACAGGCAGGGCAGGGAGGGGAUGUGAGGAGCAGAGGAGGUGUGAGGAGCAGAGGAGGUGUUAGGAACAGAGGAGAAAGAGAGGGUGCAAAAGCGAGAGGGGUUGAAAGUGGAAGAGUUGGGGUUGGCAGAGCUGGGGUUGGCAGAGCUGGGGUUGGCAGAGCUGGGGUUGGAGAGGAGGAUGGUGGGUUAGGCUGUACAGUUGACGCACCGCGGGCCAAUGGCGCUCCUCGUGGUGAGAUCGCACGUCGCAAUGUAACAUUUGCUGACAGUGCUCGUGCUGACGAGGCUCGUGCUGAUGGGACAGGGGGUGCAAGCGCGGAUGAGAGGGACGAGUACCCUGCGAGGCUGGCAGCGCGGAUCGCUGGCAUGGUGGCGAGCAGGAGGGAGCAAGGCGGCACAGAGAGGCGAGGGGUUGAGGGCGAGGGAGGAGGGGGUGGGGAUGGAGGAGGUGGAGGAGGGAAUGCAAAUGCAUGGCGCGUGGGUGGGGCUCGAGAGGGUCGGAAUGGGGUGGGGGAGAGGCGGGAAGGGGGGCGUGGGGAGGAGGGGAGAGCAGGGAGGGGUGUGAAGCGGUCGAGGCCGGUGUGGGUGCAGGUGAGGGAGAGGAAGCGGCAGCGGCGGGUGAUGGAGAGUGUGGCGCGUGCCCUGAUUGUGUUCAGAGGCAAGGCCAAGAAGGGGCAGGAGCACGUGUACCGAGCUGCAGACGCGGUGGCGGACAGCCCAUAUUAUGCUGCCCUCCCGGCCAUGUUAACUCUCCUCCGUACCCUCACCUGCAGACACGACCCGGUGGCAGACAGUGUGGUGAGGGCAGUGCAGGCAGUGCAAGCCCUGCCCUCUCUCACGGACGCGCAGCGCGUGGCGGCCAUCGAUGCCUUCCUGCAGCGCCCCCUCGACGCCCACGCCUUCCAGGCCAUGAGCCCCGCCCUGCAGACCCUCUUUGCUCUGCGCGCGCACACCCAGGCUGUUGACCAGCAGCUGGCUGGGAUUCAAGCUGCCGCUGCUGCUGGAGUGGAUUCGCCCCUGACUGACCAGCUCCUUGCCCCUCUGCAGGGCAUGGCUGCUGGUGUUGGGGUGGCGAGGGGGGGAGUGGCGAGCGGAGCGGGGAUGGGGGGGUUGGGUGGGGUGGGGGGUGUGGCGGGGAUGGGCGCAGGGGGGGCGGGAUUUGGGGGGAACGGGGUGGGGGGGAUGGCGACAACGGGUGUGGGAGCAGCAGGGAUGGGAACAGCAGGGAUGGGAACAGCAGGGAUGGGAACAGCAGGGAUGGGAACAGCAGGGGUGGGAACAGCAGGGAUGGGAACAGCAGGGAUGGGAACAGCAGGGAUGGGAACAGCAGGGAUGGGAACAGCAGGGAUGGGAACAGCAGGGGUGGGAACAGCAGGGAUGGGAACAGCAGGGGUGGGAACAGCAGGGGUGGGAACAGCAGGGGUGGGAACAGCAGGGGUGGGAACAGCAGGGGUGGGAACAGCAGGGAUGGGAACAGCAGGGGUGGGAACAGCAGGGGUGGGAACAGCAGGGGUGGGAACAGCAGGGGUGGGAACAGCAGGGGUGGGAACAGCAGGGGUGGGAACAGCAGGGGUGGGAACAGCAGGGGUGGGAACAGCAGGGGUGGGAACAGCAGGGGUGGGAACAGCAGGGGUGGGAACAGCAGGGGCGGGAGUGAGAAGCAUGUGGAUGGCUGAAACUCGUAGAGGGGGAAUGGGAUCGGGGAUACCGCGGAUGGGGGAAUCAGGGUUCGGUUGGAGGGGUUUGGGAACGGUAGGCGAAACGGGAGCGGCGAUGGCAGAAGGUGGGAGUGUGGGUGUGGGAAUGGCAGCAGCAGCAGUAGCAGCGGCCUCAGCAGGAGGAGCGAGGGGUGUACAGGGUGUGGACGGGGGAGGAGGAGGAGGACGGGGGGUGGGAGGAGGUGGAGGGGUAGGAGGGGCAGAGGGGGUAGGAGAAGCAGCUGGGGCAGCAGGAGCAGGUGGGGCAGCAGGAGCAGGUGGGGCAGCAGGAGCAGGUGGGGGUGCAGGAGCAGCUGGGUUGGGUGGCACGAGUGCGUUGGGCGGCACAGGUGGGUUGGGCGGCACACAAGGGGCGGGCAGCACGGCAGGGCUGCAGCUGCUGGGGCAUCGCGUGCAGGAGUUUCUGCGACAGAACCUGGGAGCAGUCAACGCCAGUCAAGGGGCAGUCAACGCAUGUCAAGGCGGGGUGGGUGGCACUCCAGUGGUGGUCAAUGGGAUUCAAUGCGAGUGCCCUGAGUGUGUGGCUGCUAGAAUGCGUCAAGGGGCAGUCAACGCAAGUCAACAGAUGGCCCAGGCAGUGAAUGCUGGUCAAGGGGCAGUCAAUGCUGGUCAAGGGGCAGUCAAUGCUGGUCAAGGGGCAGUCAAUGCUGGUCAAGGGGCAGUCAAUGCUGUUCAAGGGUCAGUGAAUGCUGGUCAAGGGGCAGUGAAUGCUGGUCAAGGGGCAGUCAAUGCUGGUCAAGAGGGGGUGGCUGCCACUCCAGUGAUGGUCAAUGAGCAUCAAUGCGAGUGUCCUGAGUGUGUGGCUGCUAAAUUGGCGGCCAGUAUACGGCAAAGGGCUGUCAAUGGGAGUCAACUGGUGGUCAAUGCAGAUCCGAUGAGGGGAGUGGCAGCGAAUCAGGCGGAGACAGCUAUCGACCAAAUAGGGUUCGGUGCGGGUCGUGUGGGGACGGCUGCAGUGCUACAGACAAGAAAUGCUGGUCCAGCACCAGUCAACACUGGUCAGGCAUCAGUCAACGCUGGUCAAGAAACAAGAAUUGCCGGUCAAGGAGCAGUCAAUGCAGGUCAAGGGGUGGUCAAUGCAGGUGAAGGUGGGGGGUUGAGUAGUGAGGAAGAGUUGCUUUCAGGUGGGAAUCUGAGUGCUGGAUGGGAUACGAGUGAGGGCGAGGAGUUGAGUGAGGGCGAGGAGUUGAGUGAGGGCGAGGAGUUGAGUGAGGGCGAGGAGUUGAGUGAGGGCGAGGAGUUGAGUGAGGGCGAGGAGUUGAGUGAGGGCGAGGAGUUGAGUGAGGGAAGGGGAAUCGUGUGUGUGAGGGACAAUGGAGCUAUUGCGUAUGAAGCGGGAGCACUUGAGAAUGAGGGAUUGUGGCAUGUCUGA